AUGAAAGCACUCAUCCUUAUUGGGGGAUUUGCCACUCGCCUCCAACCUCUGUCACUCAUUUUUUCAACACCUAUAAUUGAUUUUGCCAACAAACCAAUGAUCCUUCAUCAGAUUGAAGCGCUUACAAAUAUUGGAGUUAAUGAAGUCAUUUUGCCAGACAGCUAUCCACCAGAGGUGAUGAUUAAUUUUUUAAAGGAUUUUGAGGAUAAAUUUGAAAUUAAAAUCACAUGCUGUCGAGAGAUUGAACCACUGGACACAGCUGGUCCCUUGGCUUUAGCUAAAGAAAAGCUAGUUGAUGGUUCGGGCGAACCCUUCUUUGUACUCCACAGCACUGUCAUAAAUGAAUAUCCAUUUGCUGAACUAAUUCAGUUCCACAAAUCACAUGGCGGGGAGGCAACAGUAAUGGCAACCGAGGUUGAUAAACCAUCCACGUAUGGCAUUGUUAUGGAUGAAGACAGUGGGAGGGUUGACAGAUUCGUGGAGAAAUCAGCAGAUUUCGUAGGAAACAAGUUCAAUGCAGGGAUUUACUUACUGAAUCCAUCCGUCUUAGAUCGUAUUGAUCUGAGACCAACCUCUUUGGAAAAGGAAGUUUUUCCAAAACUUGCAUCAGAUAAACUGCUCUAUGCCAUGGUCUUACCAGGUUUCUGGAUGGAUAUAGGGGAGCCAAAGGACUACAUCACAGGCCAACGUCUCUAUUUGGACUCCCUGCGGAAGAAAGCAUCAACUAAAUUAGCUGCUGUCCCUCGUAUCAUAGGGAACGUUCUGAUCCAUGAGACUGCUGUGAUCGGAGAAAAAUGCUUAAUUGGGCCAGACGUUGCUAUAGGUCCAGGAUGUGUGAUUGAGUAUGGAGUAGUGUUGUCAGGAUGUACUGUGAUGCAAGGUGCUCACAUCAAGAAGAACUCAUGCAUCCUAAACAGCAUCAUCGGUCGGCGCUCAAUAGUAGGGCAGCGGGCACUGAUUGAUCGCAUGACCGUCAUUGGGGAGGACGUCCAUGUUUCCGAUGAGGCAAACGUCCGUGGGGGGCUUUUUCUUUCAUAA